UGCUAAGAAGUCAAGAACAUCAUCAAGAUAAUCAAAGAGGCAAACGCUAAAACGGCCUCACUCUCCACUCCUCAGUCUCAUUGCCUCUCAAAACAGUGAGAUCUGGUAAGAAGCAUCCAGUAUCUCUUCGGUUUUGUUCACAAUGGUCGCAUCACUAUUCCGGCAGGCCGGGCGCACAGCUACUAGAUGCUCGUUGCGACCCACCACCCUUCGUCCCUCAACAUCAAGAGCCUCAAUUAGAGCAUUUUCAGCACUCCCAGCUCGCAGAUACGCAGAGCCAUACGAGGGCACAAGAUUGGUUCCUACCGAUGAACAUUUCUUAUUCAACAACACUCCAGAUAGUCUCGACGUAGCUCCCGAUUCAAGAUUGCACGAAGACGAAAAUGUGGAGAAGAGGAAGAUUCGCCAUUAUACCGUGAACUUUGGCCCUCAACAUCCGGCUGCUCACGGUGUGUUGCGUUUAAUUUUGGAACUUAACGGAGAGGAAAUCGUGAGGUCGGAUCCUCAUGUCGGUUUACUGCAUCGGGGAACUGAGAAGUUGAUCGAAUAUAAGACAUACAUCCAGGCUUUACCAUACUUUGAUCGAUUGGAUUACGUUUCUAUGAUGACCAACGAGCAAUGCUUCUCUUUGGCUGUUGAGAAAUUGCUGAACGUUGAAAUCCCUGAGAGGGCAAAAUGGAUCCGAACACUUUUCGGUGAAAUCACUAGAAUUUUGAAUCAUCUUAUGUCUGUUUUGUCUCACGCAAUGGACGUUGGUGCUCUUACACCUUUCUUGUGGGGUUUCGAAGAACGUGAGAAGCUUAUGGAAUUCUACGAACGAGUUUCAGGAGCCCGCUUGCACGCUGCAUAUGUUCGUCCAGGUGGUGUCCAUCAAGAUAUUCCAGUUGGACUUCUUGACGACAUCUACCAAUGGGCCACUCAAUUCGGCGACCGUAUCGACGAAACAGAGGAACUACUUACUGAUAAUAGAAUUUGGAUUGGAAGAACGAAAGGAGUUGGUGUCGUUUCGGCCGCUGAUGCUCUUAAUUUGAGUUUCACUGGUGUUAUGCUUCGAGGUAGUGGCGUUCCAUUUGAUGUCCGUAAGAGCCAACCUUAUGAUGCAUAUGACCAAGUCGACUUUGAUGUACCAGUUGGUGUCCAUGGUGAUUGCUACGAUCGAUACCUCUGCAGAAUGGAGGAAUUCAGACAAUCUCUCCGAAUCAUUCAUCAAUGUUUGAAUAAGAUGCCAGCUGGACCAAUCCGAGUUGAAGACUACAAGAUCUCUCCACCGCCCCGUGCUGCUAUGAAAGAGAACAUGGAAGCACUUAUCCACCACUUUUUACUUUUCACCAAGGGAUACACUGUUCCACCUGGAGAGACUUAUUCCGCAAUUGAGGCGCCAAAGGGUGAAAUGGGUGUGUACGUUGUAAGUGAUGGAAGUGAAAGACCAUAUCGAUGCAAGAUUCGUGCCCCAGGUUUCGCUCAUUUGGGUGGAUUCGAUCAAAUCUCAAGAGGACAUUUGCUUGCCGACGCUGUUGCUAUCAUCGGUACCAUGGAUUUGGUCUUUGGAGAGGUUGAUCGGUAGUCGUGAUUCGACGAAAAGGAAAGUGAGAAAGGAAAAUGAGAUGCCGGUGAUGAUACAGUGGUUUCAAGCAAUUCCGGCGCAGAUUUUUCUCCUUUGUUCUCAAUGUACAAAUUCUAAGUGAAAGGCUGAGUUAGCAUAGUUCCAGCAUUGCACGACAUAAAUGACUAUCCCCAAAAAAAUUAUCUGCA